AUGAGCCUGGCCGAAGGUUCAAGGAUGAAGCCAAAGCCACCUCUUGUUCCGCUUGGGACUCUGAUUGGUCGCGAGCUCAGGAAUGAGAAGGUGGAGAAACCUAUGGUGAAGUAUGGACAGGCUGCUCUGGCAAAGAAAGGGGAGGAUUAUUUUUUGAUCAAGCCUGAUUGCCAGAGGAUUCCAGGAAAUCCUUCAACUUCAUUUUUGGUUUUUGCGAUAUUUGAUGGGCAUAAUGGUAUAUCGGCUGCUAUAUUUGCAAAAGAGAAUUUGUUGACCAAUGUCUUGAGUGCAAUUCCUCAAGGAAUUGGUAGGGAAGAUUGGCUUCAAGCCCUUCCGCGGGCAUUAGUUGCAGGAUUUGUUAAAACUGACAUAGAGUUUCAGCAAAAAGGAGAGACAUCUGGCACAACAGUUACAUUCGUUGUGAUUGAUGGUUGGACUGUGACUGUUGCAUCUGUUGGGGAUUCUCGAUGCAUACUGGACACACAAGGGGGUGUGGUUUCUCUGUUGACCGUUGAUCAUCGGCUGGAAGAGAAUGAAGAAGAGAGGCAACGUGUCACCGCCAGCGGAGGUGAAGUAGGGAGGCUCAAUGUUUUUGGGGGCAAUGAGGUUGGGCCACUACGUUGCUGGCCUGGUGGAUUAUGCCUUUCGAGGUCAAUAGGUGACACAGAUGUGGGGGAGUUUAUUGUCCCUAUACCUCACGUUAAGCAAGUAAAGCUUUCAAAUGCUGGUGGAAGACUCAUAAUUGCUUCUGAUGGUAUCUGGGAUGCUUUAUCAUCUGAUAUGGCUGCCCAAUCUUGCCGGGGUUUACCUGCAGAACUUGCUGCAAAGCUGGUUGUUAAGGUNUAA